UUAAAACAAAUUAUUAUUACUAAUUGAGAGAUGUUUCGGCGUUAAUUAUAUGUUAAAUUACUUGACUUUGCAAUCGCAAAAACAACACGCGCAAAAUUCUUCUUACCAUUUGCACGUGUUUAUCAGAUCUCUAAAACAUCCUGCCGUGACAAUAACUUUCCAGGCUCUAAAACCAGCGAUCUAGAGUCAUAUAAUCUGUGUGAAUAUAUAAAUAAUAUUAUAUCUUAUAUCUUUUAUUAUAUAUCUUUAUAAUAUUAUUUUUAUAUACGUAAACAAUACUAAAACAUGGUCAUAUAUCAUAUUGUUUGAGUUUUAUUCCAUUUUGAGUGAACUAAACGCAAUUAUCGGGAAAAUAAAUUCCUACUUUUUCCAUUUUACGACGACUGAUAAUUCGGUGGCUCGGUCGUGCAGAAUGUAAAGUCAGGUAAAGUUUUAGUAGAAAAAGAGUGAUCGACGUUUGCUAACAACUAGAACUUUUUCGAUCUUCCCUGGAGAAAAAAAGUGACGUAGAUACCUUUUGAUUCCCCUUUACCGAACUAGUGGAUUAUAAAAAGAGGAAAACGAGGCGAAACAUUGCAUUGUUGAUCGUACUGACGAUUACUUUUGUGUGCCAAUAUUUCGUACAGUGUAUUAUAUUGGAAUUAUUGACGGAACGAUGAACGUACCGAAACUGAAUUUUUACAAUGGCAACAAAGUGCCGAUUCUCGGCUUGGGCACAUGGGAGCCUGAAGCAGGAGAAAUUACACAAACUAUAAAAGAUGCUAUUGAUCUUGGCUAUAGACAUUUCGAUUGUGCACAAUUUUACGGCAAUGAGAAGCAAAUCGGUGCUGCUUUCCAGACAAAAAUAACGGAGGGCGUUGUGAAGAGAGAAGAUCUGUUUAUUACAAGCAAGCUGUGGAACACUUUUCACAGUCCUCAUCUAGUUGAACCAGCUCUCAAGAAAACGCUAACCGAUUUUGAUUUUGAUUAUUUAGAUCUUUAUUUAAUUCACUGGCCAUUGGGAUGCAAAGAGGGUGAAGAUCUUUAUCCUAUAAAUCCUGAUGGUAACGUUGCACUCAGUGACGUAGAUUAUCUUGAUACUUGGAAAGCUAUGGAAGACGUACUGUCCAAAGGUCUGACGAAAAACAUCGGCGUCAGUAACUUUAAUUCCGAGCAGAUUACCAGGUUACUUGAAAAUGCGACGGUUAAACCUGUUACGAAUCAAGUUGAAUGUCAUCCAUACUUAACGCAAAAGAAACUGUCCGCAUUUUGCAAGGAAAGAGACAUUCUUAUUACAGCUUACAGUCCACUCGGAUCACCGCAGAGGCCAUGGGCUAAGCCAGAUGAGCCAAAAUUAUUGGAAGAUAAGAAAUUAAUUAAGUUCGGGCAGAAGUACAAUAAGACUCCCGCACAAAUACUAAUUCGUUAUCAAGUGGAUCGUGGCCAUAUAGUAAUUCCCAAAUCUAUUAACAAGUCACGAAUUGCUCAGAACAUGGAAGUAUUCGACUUUAAACUUUCAUCCGAAGACAUUGCUUAUAUUGACAACUUCGAUUGCAACGGAAGAAUUUGUCCAGGACCUUGGUCAAAAGCUAGUCCGUAUUAUCCGUUUAAUAUUCCAUUUUAAAUAGUUAAGUGAGCAGAUUAAUACAAUGUUUGCGUAUAUCUUCUAAUGAACUUUUUGUAUUAGAACACAUUUUCAAAUUACUAUUAUCGAUUAUUGGAACAUACGUGAAUGAUAUUAUCUUUCUUAUAAUAUUUCUUUAUAAUAAUAAUUUUAUAAACAUAAGAAAUAGGAAUAUAUUUGAAAGUUCAAAUAUUAAGUAAUAUUGCUACAAUAAAUCGUCGACUUCGCAACCA